CUUGAGUUUAGUUUAUAAUCCACGGUGCCCAACACUCGACAUAAUGAAGUCGGGGUUUUUGGUUUUUUUCCUGCAUAUUUUGCUACCUCUCACCAGUGUAAACCAAAUAACUGCAAGUAAAGAUUUUAUUCGCUAUGAAGAUUGUAAGACGACAAUCAACGACGUUGUCAAUCAAACAGUGCAGUGGAAGAUAACAAAAAUGACUAAAAGCUGGCAGAUUAAGUUAAAUUUAAAAAACAACUUAAUUAGAACCCAAGCUAAACAGCUUAGGGACAAAGAGGACUUCUUGAAUACCAUGGAGCAGACUAACAAGAACUUGGAAAGUCGGUUAGUGAGUGCUGAAAGACAAAGCAAAUCGAUUUAUGAGAAGCUAACUGACCAGAUCAGUACCCAAGCUAAACAGCUCAAGGAAAAAGAUGACUUACUGAGUUCAAUGACGCAAACUGUAAAGGACUUAAAAAGUCGGUUAGAAAGUGCUGAGGGUCAAAGCAAAUCGUUUAUUGAGGAGCGAACUGAAUGUCCCAACGGCAGUCCAAGUGGCAUUUACAAAAUACAAAUACCCGGAAUAAAAUACUUUGAAGCUCCAUGCGAUGAAGAUGGCUGGUUAACGAUUCAAAGGCGUAUGGAUGGAUCCGAGGACUUCAAUCGAACGUGGGAGGAUUAUAAGAAUGGAUUCGGAGAUGUAAGGCAAGAGUUCUUCCUGGGGCUUGAAAAACUUUAUCGACUGACUGAUUCAGCUCAAUAUGAACUAUAUAUUGUGCUUGGCGAUGUUAAUGGAACUUCCAAAUACGCCUAUUACGAUAGUUUUGGGAUUGAUAGCGAAGCAGAAUCGUACAGAAUUAAAGACGUGUAUAGCCAUUUCAUAGGAGGUCCAGCCGGACACUCCCUAAUAUACAAUGCGUGGGACAAGUUUAGCACGUAUGAUCGCGACAACGACUUAUCCAAUGAAAAUUGCGCAGUGAAGUACGGCGGCGGUUGGUGGUACGAUAGAUGUGGAAUCAGUACCCUCAAUGGAUUAUACCUUAAAGAUGGCGUUGUAGGAAACAAAGUGUUUGGUAUUCAUUGGGGCACCUGGUCCCCAAAAGCCUUUGAAUUCUCACUUACCUUUGUUGAGAUGAAAAUUCGUCGCAUUAACCCUGAACUCUAGCUUGGCCAAAGGAGUCCAAUGCGCGCUCGAAGUUCCAGCGGAUAGCAGGAAAAAAUAUGAAUAUAUAUCCAUCAAUUAACUAACGUUUAGUAAUUGUACUUCAUUUUUCCUAAAUAAAACAAUUAAUUUUAGAAAACUAUA